UGUGGGCGGUUCCUCACCACCGGCGUUCACUGCGCUCAGAGUGGAAGCCUGCAGCGGACGCAACACGCAGAACAGGUCCAUCUGUGUUUCUCGCUCUUCCUCUGUGCUACACGCUGAAGAACAGGAUCCUACACCCAGAUCUCAUCAGGUGUUCAGGUGUCCUGAAGCCACCUCCUAGAUACACCACCAAUAAUCGCUGGAGUACCACCAUCUAAACAGGAGUAAGGAGUGACCCCCUCUCCUCUGGUUCAGAUGGCAGAUGGUCGGCAGCCUGAGGACAGUGGCCCCCAGUGGUCAUCUCCAGGAGCUCAGGGCUCAUCCUCCCCAGGUGGGCAUGGAGAGAACGGCUUCUCCUCUACCUACAGGACUUGCCAGCCUGGCGAUGCCCAUGCUGGUUCUGCCGGCUCCUACGCCAAAGAGAAUGGCUUCAAUGGAGACCUCACCUCUGGACACGCUGUGACUGCUGAGCAAGUAUCAGCGCGGAUCGUGCAGGAGGUUACAGCCGAAGCAGUAGCAGUACUGAAGGGAGAGCAGGAGCUGCAUCCGGACACUGCCGUCAGGCUGCCAUCAGUGGAGGACUCUGCAAACCUGCCACCCUCACCUCCUCCGUCCCCAGCAGCAGAGCAUUUUGGGCCUUUGGAUCCAGAUGUAGGGGAUGAGGAGGAAGCAGGUCCUCUCCGCUUCUUCCAAAAUUCUCGCGAGAGGUGCAAGUUCCUCGCCCCCUCCAUCUCAGUGUCUGUGCCUGAGGAUGACCCCUACCACUCUGACGAGGAAUACUAUGAGCACCCUUUAUUCAGCCCAGAGUGGACGCGCUCUGGCUCUCGCCCCCCAGGGCAGGCCGCUGCGUUUAGACAGAUUGAAGAAGAGGAGACCAUAGAGAGUCUCUCAGCUGCGGAGGAGGAAGAGGAGGAGAAUUCAGAAGCCGCAGCAACAGCAGCAGCUCUAGAGGAAGAGGAGGAAGAGGAGCAGUGGAGUGGAGAGGAGCCUGAGCAGGAAUCUCCAACUGAGCUCCUAGAGCGGGCAGAGGUCAUAGGCGAGGCCCAGGCUCUGCCCGGCCUGCAGGCUGAGGUUCACAAACAGACAGCUACUGUUGCUAACGAGGCCCCUAAUGGGGGAGCUGAGGAGACAGGGGGGCAAGAAAACCUUGCAGAAGCUGUGAAGAUGGAAGCAGAACAACUAGACAGUGAGAGGACAGAUCCCAUUGGCAUGGACUUCACUGAAUCUGCAAUGCAUCUAGAUGAUGAUCUCCCAUCUUACCAGAGCCUUGUCAGAGACACAGAUAUGCCGGAAAGCGCCUUUGCUCAAACAUGCCCCGUGGAGGACUUUGAACUCCCUCCAAGUUACCAGGUUCAUGACACAGAACCUUGCGAGCCUCCAACUGAAAAGCUGGAUGGACAAAGCGGUGCUGUAAAAGAGACAUCAACCGAAACGUGUGAUUCCAGCAAUAUCCUUGAGGUCAAAUCAGGGCAGAUUCAAGACAAACAAAUAGAAAUAUCAACAGAUGUGGACAUGAAAGAAAAAUCUGGCAUGUCUGCUUAUUUUGAGACCACUACAAUUAAGACAGAUGCCUCCGGGUCUCAAGGAGAAGGGUAUUAUGAGCUAAGUACUACAUCAGAAGAACAAAAGGACUCUGUUGGUAACCUACAACUUCCUGAAAUCAGCUACAGCACCUUGGCUCAAGCACAGUCUUUGGAAGUUCAACCAGAUAUUCCAAAAAGUAGUGCAGACACACUACAAACCACUUCACCUGUAGACAGAAGAGAUGAAUGCAGACUGUCUCCUGGAAAACUGGCUCUAGAGCAAAGAAGUUACUCUUUAAAUAUCACCAUUGGGGCAAUGGAUCAUGGUGAUGCCCAAGGGCGUCCAAGAAACUUCUCUCCAUUAGCCACUGACAUCAUGUCUCAUACUUGUGGGAGCCUUGAUGAAUCUGCUGAUUACCUUCCUGUCACCACUCCCUCAGUAGAGAAGCUUCCUCAGUUUCCGCCACUGAUUCUGGAGACAACUGCCUCUGCCACAACUCCAUCAUUUUCACCCCCCCAGACAACAGUCACUAAUGUAAAGACAAGUCCACAGACGGAGUCUCCAGAAUCACCUGUCCAAGGUAACAGCUGUUACAAAAACGGCACUGUCAUGGCCCCCGACCUACCUGAAAUGCUGGACUUGGCAGGUACCCCAUCAAGGUUGACGUCUGACAACACAGACUCAGAGAUUAUGAGGAGGAAGUCCGUCCCAAUGGACAUGUCUUCUCUAGUAAGUGAUUCUUUUGCACAUUUGUUCAAAAGUGACCAGGGCCAGAUGGCUACAAAGAGAGAAAUGAAGUUGGAGGAGCAAGGAUAUUGUGUCUUUAGUGAAUACUCUGGUCCCAUGCCAUCGCCUGCAGAUGUGCACAGUCCAAUGGACUCUUCUUCUCAAAUAUUUAACACUGUGAUAUCAGAGGAGAAGGAAACUGGUCUUGUUGCAUUUGGACAACAGGAGUGUCUAUCAACUGAAGAUUUGGAAGCAACAGAAGUUGUUACACCACAGGCAAAACCAGAAGAAGGAAAGCCAAGGAAUCAAGAUUCCAUUCAAAUUGAAAGUGCACCUUCUGAAAAAACUUCUAGAGAGACCAAUCAAGAGGAGUCUGAUCUUUUGAAGACCGAAACUUUGGAAGAAACCAAGAGUCCAACUUUACCUGAUAAUGAGAAAGCACAGUUAGACAAACAAGCUGAAACCUUUAUCACACCAAAGGUGACGGUUACUCUUGAUGAAGCAAAGCCUGAUAUUGAUUCAGGUUCCAAACUUGCAGCUGAAACUGAAGCUGAAAUAGCUGACUAUGAGAGGCAAAUUCGCAAAUUGGAGAUGGAGGACAGACCUUUGAGUGUAGAGGAGGAACGGGAGCUCCAGGAACUCAGGGAGAAGGUGAAGAAUAAACCAGACCUUGUACAUCAGGAAGCUUAUGAAGAGGUGGAUGCAGAGGAUGCCUACCAGCUCACUGGAGCUGCAAAGGACAGAAUUGCUCGGCCUAUCAGACCAUCCCCAGCAUCUUCUGUAGAAAGUGCUACUGACGAAGAGAAAAUGCAUGUUGGUGACACUGAAAAACCUAGAUCACCAGGUGAGAAAGAGUCUCUUAAAACAGAUCCCAAUAGGCUAUCUCCUGUUGGGUCUUUUGAGAAAUAUUUUAGAGAGGAGAGACCUUCUGAGCAAGAGGUAAAGCAGAAAGACUCAGUGCAACUCCUUAAAGAUAAAGUUGCUGAGGAGAAACCUCAGCCAUCUCCUUCAAAGACAGACGAGGCUCCUCUUGAUACCAUGGUGAUUCAAAAAGUAGAGGAAGAGGUAAAGCUUGCUAAGGAGCCGGAUGAGAUCAUGCCAGAACCAAAACCAGCUCUUAAUGUGGAAGAGAGGCUAGUUGUAGAUACAACUGAACCAGAUGAGGAUGUAGAUGAAAAUGAAGGGGGAAAAGUGAUUGAGAAAGAAGAAGUGGAAGACGAGGAAGUGUUGGAAGGGGCCAAGGCUGCAGAAGACACUGUUGAGCCUAGAGCUGCGAUUGAGUCAGUAGUGACAGUGGAAGAUGAUUUUAUUACGGUAGUGCAGACCAUUGAUGAAAGCGAAGUCUCUGGACACAGUGUACGUUUCUCAGCUCCCUCUGAGGAUCAACAUCCACAGCUCCUCCAAGAGGAGGAAGAGGAGGAGGCGGCUCUGGAAAUGGCACAGGAAGUAGAGAUAGAGGCUCCCAGUUUGGAGGAAGUCGUAGAUGUUCCAGAGCCUGUUGAGCCUCCUGUAUGUCCAGCUAAAGAGAUAGAAGUACCAGAGAGUGAGGCCCCAACUCAAAGUUAUGAUGACUACAAAGAUGAAACUACCAUGGAUGACUCCAUCUUAGACAGCUCCUGGGUGGAUACACAAGAUGAUGAUAAGAGCAUGGCCACAGAGAAUAUUGAGCCUCUACCCAGAGUGAUGAGCCCUGUCAAGAAACCACAUGUAGAGAAAUCAGCGAAACAGAGGGCCAAAGGUGGCAGGGCCAGAGGACGAAUGAACACGCCUGAACGCAAACCUGUUCGCAAGGAGCCAGUACCCAUCCAGAAGGAUGAGAUGAAGAAGAAAAAAGCUGUGAUUAAGAAGGCUGAGCUCACAAAAAAAUCUGAUAUUCAGACAUGCUCUCCUUCCCGGAAGAGUGUUUUAAAGUCUACCGUAAGGCAUCCUAGACCUACCCAACAUCACCCGUGUGUUAAGCGGAAACCCACAGUGUCUGCAGAUGGUCGACUGCCCUUCAGUGUGGCCAGGCCCUCCAGAGACCGGGCAUCUACCUCCAAUCCCACAACACUAACAAAGAUCCCCACCUCUAAAAUUCGGGCGGAGGCUUUGCUGCCAGCCCGGCCGCACUCGGCCAGCUCCUCCAAUAAAAGGAGCCCAUUGGUGGAGGUAGAUCUUUAUGAGCCCCGCCCUUCUUCAGCAGACCCAAAAGUAUUGCUAUAUUCAUGUGCUGUAAAGGAUGGUGGUUCUCGGAGCCCAGAGAAGAGGUCGUCCCUUCCACGGCCAGCAUCCAUACGAACCCGCCGCCCACACAUGGCUGAUCAUGAGGAGAGUUCCACUUCCAUUACCAGCUCUGGGUCAACAGCACCACGCAGACCCACAUCUUUCCGUACUGAAGUCAAAGCACAGCACAGGACAGGCAGGUCUCAUAGUAUGACAGGCGCAGAGACUACUCGGUCCCGCUCGGCCCGCAGUGGCACCUCCACACCCCGCAUGCCCGGGUCCACAGCCGUCACCCCUGGAACCCCUCCCAGCUACUCCUGCCGUACUCCAGGCACCCCCCACACACCGGGCACCCCCAAAUCUCUCAGCCUGCUGUCCCAGGAAAAGAAAGUGGCCAUCAUCCGAACACCUCCAAAAUCCCCGGCGACUACACCCAAACAGCUGCGCCUCAUUAACCAGCCACUGCCUGACCUCAAGAACGUCAAAUCCAAGAUCCGUUCUAUUGACAACAUCAAGUACCAGCCCAAGGGGGGCCAGGUUCAAAUUCAGUCUAAGAAGAUUGAUCUUAGUCAUGUGACUUCCAAGUGUGGAUCAUUGGACAACAUCCGCCACAGGCCAGGCGGUGGUAAUGUACGCAUUGAGAGUGUGAAGCUUGGCUUCAGAGAAAAAGCCCAUGCGAAGGUUGGCUCCCUGGAUAAUGCCCACCAUACACCUGGAGGAGGACAUGUACAGAUCGAAAGCCAUAAGCUGAUGUUCCGCGAUGUGGCCAAAGCACGUGUGGAUCACGGAGCAGAGAUUGUGAUGGAGGCGCUCAGGCUGUCGGGUGGCACCUCCCCUCAGAGGCACAGCCACAUGUCCUCGUCCGGAAGCAUCAACAUGCUCGAGUCCCCGCAGCUGGCCACGCUGGCCGAUGAUGUGACCGCUGCCCUGGCCAAACAAGGCUUGUGAAUUCCCCAAAACACCUCCGUUCGACAUUCCCCUCUGCUCUGUCUUCAGUAGUCCCCAUCAGUGGUGUCACAGUUCACCUUUUCUCCCUCUGGUAUUUAAGGAAGACUACAGAUUCACUUCCCAUAUUCACACUUCCCUCUUCAUCAACCAACAAUCUCGCAGAGCCCUGUUGUGAUUAUCUGAAUUGGAAAAAAUAGAUUUUUUUGAUGUUGUUGUUCAUUUGAAUGAAUAAUGACUUAGCUAGAGGUACCAGUGCUUUUUAUUACCCAUGUUACGUGUGACUUUUUAUGGUUGUGUACAGACAGUGGCCUCAAAUUCUGGUUUAGGGUCAGCGUCAGGUGUGUUGCGUAAAAGUCUGUCAAUCAGAAUUUUUUAUAUAUUCGGGAAUGUGGCGCGACAAUCUCAUGCUGCACGUGUUAUUUUGCCCAUUCAGUGCAUGGACUCGAAAACAUCUCAACGGAGAGUCACGUAAGAUCAAACACGAAAUACACUAUAAGGGAAUAUAUUUAUAAAUAUGCCAGCUCUUUGUCUCAACAUCUCAUGCUCAAUCAAAAAAAAAAGAAAAGAAAAGAUUACUCCUUAGAUAACUUAUACCUGUAAAAUUACAUAAAAAUGAAACUAGGUAAUAUGGCGAGCAUGUAUUCUAGUACACAAAAGAGGCUAUUUUCUAUUUCAAGGGAUUUUAGUAAGUUAUUUGCUGUAACAUUGAAUAAAAAGAACACAUCAUGUUUUGUAGAUACUAGCGACGAUGUUUAGCUUGUACAUUAUUUCGGAUGACCUUCGCUGUAGUUAAGAAACCGUUGCUUCCGUGGAUCUUUGUCGGUACACAGUUUAAGCAGAUUUGUGUUGCGACUUACACAAAACAAUGAUAUUACGGUUACGCAAAGACAUUCAAGGGCUCCAGGUAUACAUGAAUCAUGCAAGAUCUGCUCAAAAUUGCUCAGUCUUGAAAUGUGAAACGUACGGCCAUUUUUCAGUUGGGACGGAUCUGUCUGAGCAAGAUGGGUGGUCCUGCGGCCCUCAUUUGAUUCUUGGGAAUCUGUCGGUGUGUUAGGCCCUGUGUUUGUUUGCCGGUUCCUGCUUGGAUGCUUAGUUUUCUGUCUUAGGAAGUGAAAAAAAGAAACACACAAAUCGCAACAUUAAGAAGGUUACUCACUUCGCUUGAAUCUGUUUGUACUCCAGUAUAUUUUUUCUCGUCAUUUGUGGUUCUCCCCUGCCCCUUUUCCUCUAGAACAGCUGUCAUUCGUAGGCUUCUGUGUUUUCUCGGCCCCUCUGAGCCUUGCCCACCCUUUCCCCGAUUCCUUCAGCUGCUGUAAAUGUAUUUAAAAGGUCACAUAGAUGUACGCAGUUUUUCUCCUGUUGGUAUGAUAUGGAUUAUAAAUGCCCUUAACAGUUAUGACAAUAAAAAUACAGAAAA